AUGGCCGCCCGCAAUACUUUGCGCCGCUCCCUCCUCUACGUCCCGGGCUCUUCGCAGCGCUUCCUCGACAAGUCCCGCUCACUAGCAGCAGACUGUCUCACCUAUGAUCUCGAAGACAGCGUCACCCCGCACAGGAAGGCGGAAGCUCGCUCCCUAGUGCGGAGAGCAAUCGACCAACCAAUCCCCAACCAAAUCCGUGAACGAGCAGUACGCAUCAAUUCCGUAGACAGCGGACUCGCUCUAGCCGAUCUAACAGAAGUGCUCCAAUCCCCAAACCUAACUACAAUCGUCAUCCCAAAAGUCAACUCCGCCUCAGACCUCACCUUCGUCACAGACGUAAUAACCCACACCCUCUCACAACAUCCCACAACAGGCACAGAAAGAACCCCAAUCUCUCUCCUUGCCCUCGUCGAAUCCGCUAAAUCCCUCACAAACCUAACCCAAAUCACAUCCUCCACGCCCCUCCUCCAAGGCCUAAUCUUCGCCGCAGAAGACUUCGCCCUAGACUUAAGCUUAACGCGCACUCCAUCCCUAACAGAAUUUCUUUUCGCGCGCUCUGCAAUCGCAACAGCCGCUCGUGCCGCUGAUCUGCCUUCAACCAUUGAUCUGGUCUGUACAUCUUACAAAUCCGAUAAGGGCGAUGGGUCCCCUCCACUGGCGUUGGAGGAGGAAUGUCGCGAUGGAAGACGAUUGGGAUUUAAUGGGAAGCAGUGUAUUCAUCCUACGCAGGUGAAGGUUGCCAAUGAUAUCUUUGGACCGGAUGCUGAGGAGUUGGUUUGGGCUGUUAGGGUUGUUGUUGCGGAUGAGAAGGCUGCGGGGCAGGGGAGGGGUGCUUGGACGCUUGAUGGGAAGAUGAUUGAUGUGCCUGUUGCUAUGAAGGCGAAAUCGAUUGUGAAGAAGGGGCAGGCGUGCGGGGUUGAUGUUGAGGCGUUGAGGAGGGAGUGGGAGCAUCAGGAGCCUGAGUAA